CACACACUCUCCUUGCUAGCUACACGCUUCUCUGUUCCAUUUCCGUUUCGUAUAAGAGAACCCAAACCACAACUCACAGCCUAACAAAGCUGUUACAGGAUUUUCAGACUCCCUCAUAUUUCCCUUCUCUUCUUCUAAACAGCCAAAUUAAUUCUGCUAAUCUUUUUUCCCAAUGCCUGGAAGCUUGGAGCCUUUAGAUUUAACAGUUCAGAUUCCAUACCAUUUUCGGUGUCCGAUCUCUCUUGAACUAAUGUGUGACCCAGUCACCGUUAGCACAGGUCAGACUUACGAUCGUUCCAGCAUAGAAUCAUGGGUAGCCACCGGUAAUACUACCUGUCCUGUUACCCGAGCCCCACUCACCGACUUCACUUUAAUCCCAAACCACACCCUUCGCCGUUUGAUUCAAGAUUGGUGUGUUGCAAAUCGUGCUUUCGGCGUUGAACGAAUUCCAACCCCGAAACAGCCUGCCGAACCGAGUUUAGUUCGUUCCUUGUUAAACCAAGCAGCUUCCGCGUCAAAUCCAACUCACUCUCGCCUCUCUGCUCUCCGCCGACUCAGAGGACUCGCUCGAGAUUCCGAUAAGAACCGCUCUGUCAUUUCCUCUCAUAACGUUCGUGAAGUUCUUGUCAACCUCGUGUUUUCAACCUCUCAGUCGUCGGACUUGAGCCACGAGUCACUCGCGAUCCUGGUUCUGUUUCCGCUCACUGAGUUCGACUGUGUGGGGAUAUCUUCAGAACCGGAGCGGAUCAGUUAUUUAGCUAAUUUACUAUUCCAUUCAUCAAUCGAAGUCCGAGUCAACUCAGCUGCACUCAUUGAAAAUGUUAUUGCAGGAACAAGAUCAUCAGAUCUUCGACUUCAAAUUAGCAACACAGAGAUUAUCUUCGAAGGAGUGAUAGAGAUUUUAAAAAAUCCUUUAUCAUCCCCUCGAGCGCUUAAAAUUGGGAUAAAAGCGCUCUUCGCUUUAUGUCUAGUUAAACAAACAAGGCAUAAAGCGGUCACCGCCGGAGCGGCGGAGACAUUAAUCGACAGACUGGCAGAUUUUGAUAAAUGUGAUGCAGAAAGAGCCCUGGCUACAAUAGAAUUACUUUGCAGAAUACAAGUUGGUUGCGCAGCAUUUGCAGCGCACGCGCUGACUGUGCCGUUGUUAGUCAAGACUAUCCUGAAGAUAUCGGAUAGAGCGACGGAGUACGCGGCGGGAGCGUUGCUGGCGCUGUGUUCAGCGUCGGAGCUGAGUCAGAAGGAGGCGGUUUGUGCAGGGAUAUUGACGCAGUUGUUGCUGUUAGUACAGAGUGAUUGUACUGAUAGGGCUAAGAGGAAGGCGCAGAUGUUGCUGAAGUUGUUAAGGGAUGCAUGGCCUGAGGAUUCUGUCGGCAAUUCUGAUGAUUUUCUUUGCAGUGAAGUGGUGCCGUUUUGAUGAUUGUUUUGGUGAAUGAUGAUCACUUUCUAAUUCUAUUUUAUUUUUAUCUUCCUAGUUCUAAUUAGUAAAAGACUGGAAAUUGAGGUUUUAGAUUUUGGUAAAUAGAGGAAUUGUAAUUUUUGUAUGUAAGAAUUUUUGUUGAAAAGUUUUUUAAGGAAAGUUGAAAAGCAAAUGGAAAGUUAGAUCUGCUUCGUCUU